AUGAUUCCAUCAGCUGGCGUCGGUGGAGCAAGAGGAGUGGUGGGUAUGAUGGGUCAACCGCAAGGUACCAAUCCAUCUCACGUCGAUUUCUUAGGCGCAUCUGUUGUUGUACUGAAAUCAAUUUCAGGUGCUAGCUAUAUGGGUGGAGGACCGAACGUAGGAUCAGGCGGUGUAGGUGCGGCCUCACACCAGCCGGUCAUUCCAGAAUCACUUCUGCAUCAAUCGUUCAAAAAUCCGAAUUGGCCACCCAAUUUUAUCACCGCCGAGAAUGUGUUGGAUUAUUUCUGUGAUCCCAGCAAUGUUUUCUAUGAUGUGUCAUCGUGUAAUCAACAUUUGAAAAUGCAGAAUUUGAAUCGUCCGCUUCAUGAAUGCCUUCAAUCGAUGCAAGGAAUCCAAUUUGCCGUGGUUGGCGCAAAUCAUCCACUCUAUGUAAUUGUGAAACAACGUCGAAAUAGCCCGACAAACGUAACGCCGUUGUGUUAUUACUAUAUUGUUAAUGGAACCGUUUACCAGUGUCCUGAUCUCUACACUUUUGUGCAGUCGCGUUUGAUUGGCGUUGUUGAUCCGUUGAGGCGAGCACUCGAAAAUGCUAGACAAUUUUGCAGAUAUGAUGUUGCCAAGGGAUACUACUGGGAAUUCAAAGAUUCGAGUGGAGGAGGAGAUGAUGAAAAUGAUAAGAAGGACGAUAGUGAAGAGGAGAAGCCUCUAACCGCCCGAAGUACGUUCUUUCAACGAACUCGAACUGAGCAGUUGUUGAGGGAUCUUUUCGAGCGAUUCCCACCGCCAGACGAUGUGAAAUUUGAAUUCGACGGUGCUGACAUGGCCAGCGGUGCUGGCGCUGAGACGUCGAGUACAGCUGAUGGUUCAUCCGCUCAACGAGGUCAAGGAGGUGCUGCUGGAUCGGGCCAAGGCAAUGUUCCAGUAUCUGAAGGACAACACCAUCAAGCGAUGUCUCAUCAACAAGUGGCUGAGAUGAGCUCUAGAGGAAGGCAGGGCAUGAACACGGCCAAUCCUGCAAGUGUCCCUACGCCGGAAUCAUCACAUCAGAGGCAUGCGCUAGGGCACGAGGCUUCGGGUGGACCGAUGAGUUUUCCGGGGCAGUCGGGUUCAGGUUCGUCAUCGACAGUCAUCAAUGGUAGUGAUGUGAAGCGUUUCAAGAUGGAGUAA